AUGGAAAGCACUAAUAUAUUUAUUAAAACUCUUGUUAUUUUGACAAUAGUUUUAAUAAAAUAUUCAUUGGGGCUAGAUUAUUCAAAAAUUCAGGGACAUAAUACAAAUGUGGAUGAAGCAAUGCAAUUUCUUCGUGAAUGGGAAAAUGAAGCAAUACCAUUGUGUAAUAGAGUAACAACAGCCCAGUGGAUAUAUGCAACAAAUAUAACGGAAUAUAAUAAGAAACAAAUGAUAGACGAACAAAAACUACAGUCGAAGUUCAAUAGAGUAUCUUGGAGGAAGGCUUCGGAUUUCAUGUGGACUCGUAUAUCGGAUCCUAUCAUACAAAGACAACUUAAAAUUUUGGCUCUGAAGGGUCAAUCAAAUGUGCCCGAUAUAAAAAUAAAUCAGAUGCAUUCGAUCUUAAAUGAAAUGAAAGAUAUUUAUGCAAAAGCAAAAAUAUGUCCAUUUAAUAAUAGAUUUACGUCAUACUGCGAUCUUAGUCUUGAACCAGAUUUAGUUAAAGUGAUGGCCAACUCAAGAGAUUUUGAAGAACUGUUGUACACCUGGCGCUCGUGGAGGGCUAAUAUUGGACCAGAAAUUCGGCCUAAGUAUAUAAAGUACAUGGAAUUGGUAAACGAAGCAGCAAAAUCAAUAGGUUUUGAAGAUGCAGGUCAGUAUCAAAUAGCGAUGUAUGAAGAUGCAAAUUUUAAAGGAAAACUUGAAAAUUUGUGGAUAUCUAUAGAACCGAUUUAUAAACAACUCCACGCCUAUGUUCGCAGAAAACUAGUUUCUUAUUACGGCACUCGCAGAGUUCGAGCUGAUGGACCAAUUCCUGCACAUCUACUAGGUAACAUGUGGGCACAGAACUGGAAAAACAUAAUUGAUUUAGUGAUUCCAUAUUCAAGAAAAAAGCGUGUUGAUGUUUCCAGUGAAAUGUUACGUCAAGGAUAUACACCUUUAAAAAUGUUCCAAAUUUCUGAAGAAUUUUUUACAUCACUUGGUUUAAAAGCAAUGCCAGUGGAAUUUUGGCACAAUUCAAUUUUAGAAAAGCCAACAAAUAGACCAAUUUCGUGUAAAGCAUCAGCUUGGGAUUUUUGUAAUAAAUAUGACUACAGAAUAAAACAGUGUACUGAAGUUUCAAUGGAUGAUUUAUUUUCAACCCAUCAUGAAAUGGCACAUAUUCAGUAUUAUCUCCAUUAUUCAGAUCAGCCAAUUCUUUUCAAAGAAGGGGCAAAUCCAGGUUUUCAUGAAGCAUUAAGUGAUUCUAUUAUUCUUUCUGUUUCGACACCCCGACAUUUACAUAGAAUUGGACUGUUGAAUAAUAUAACCGACGACUAUGAAAGUCAAAUAAAUUUUUUAAUGGAAAUGGCUUUAGAAAAAAUUGCUUAUUUACCUUUUGCCUACUCAGUUGAUUUGUGGCGAUGGAGUGUAUUCUCCAAGGGCGUGAAUAAUCUAAAUGCUCGCUGGUGGGAUUUAAAACUACUAUACCAAGGAAUUAUUCCGCCAAUAGCCAGAGAUGAAAAAGAUUUUGAUCCAAGCUCAAAAUACCAUGUUAUUGCCGAUACUUCAUAUAUAAAAUACUUUAUCAGUAUAAUUUUACAAUUUCAAAUACACGACGCCUUGUGCAAAGCAUCAGGACAUGUUGGUCCAUUACAUACUUGCGAUAUAUACCGUUCAAGAGAAGCUGGCAGAAUACUAAGUGAAGUAAUGUCUAUGGGAUACUCAAAGUCGUGGCCACAAGUUAUGAAAAUUCUUACCGGAGGAAAAUCUAGUGAAAUAGAUGCACAACCUUUGAUUGAAUACUUCAAACCACUAUCACAUUGGCUAGUGAAUGAGAACAAAGCAGAAAGAAUCGGAUGGUCUACGUUAAACGAAGAUAUCGCGCUGUUUGAACCACUAUCGAAGGCUAAAAAUAGCUACUCAGUCGACAAACAUUUAAUUAUACUUGUAAUCUUUAACAUUGUAAAAAAUAUAUACUAUUAAUUUUACAUAUCAACUAUAGUAGAUUACACCACUCAAUAACUCGUAUAUUGAUUUCAACUAUGUAAUUAUAGCUUACCUUUUUAGUAUUAUUUACUA